UCGAACCGAACGCAUGUGGUGUCGAUCGUCUCCCCAUUUCGUUGCUCACCGAAUAAUCAACGCAAUUACGAUGUAAACAGUGUAAUUUUUACAAUCGCGCGAAAACGUACAAGAAAAGUGACGUUCGUGAACUGGUUCAGUGCAGUGUCAGAUCUCCGUUUCGACCGGGAAUAUUGGCAUCGGACGAGCUGUCUCGUCUCGAUCGUCGAUGGUCGUGUUCCACGAAAGGGAGCACGUUACUGAAACCGGCAAGUUUACUCGAUUUAUUCGCGCGAUCGACAGAAUGCAUUCGAGUGACGAUGGAUAGCAUUUCUUCGAGCGUAGCGUGUUAGUGAAGCGACAGUCCACGUGACCGGUGUUUGCAGUUUAUGUGAAACGCGCAUCAGAUCGUGACGUAUCAUAUCGUUCGUGCGUUAUACGAUUAUCGAUGCGCGAUAUCUGUCGUUUGCUGGAAUCGUGUGUAAAUCUACGCGUGAACGACAAUCGAUACGUCAUCGUGAUUGUCCGAUCGAUUCGCGCGUGUCAACGGUCGAUCGAUACGCGAGAAACGAUUCGAUUUUAAUUAAUAUGCGUAUCACGGGAAAACGGACCGGCUCGAUGCUCGACGCCGUCGAUCUGACUUUGAAGAAUUCGCGAAUACCGCUUGAGGCGUGAAUACCUACACGGUGUAUUUAACCCUGCCGCUCUGAAGUGUCCCUCGAAAGUGUUUUACGUCGGUGACAACUACGCGGGUGAUGUGUUGGUGUCUGUGUCGCGUCAACUGAGAGCUGUGCACAGUGUGUGCCGGAUGUCAGGACCAUAAUCGUUGAUGUCUUCAGGCCUAGUGACUCGUGUCAUCAUGCUGACGAUCGUUUUGCUGUUCCUCCUGGGCCAACCGGCUGCACGGGCUGAUUAUCUGAGCUUGUUAGCAGGCACCCUGAAGACCUAUCAGCGUGCAGCCUGCGAUGAAGAGUCGAUGACGUUGAAGUGUCCACCAGGUACCACGAUAUCUGUUGCCCUGGCUCAAUAUGGCAGAACCGGGGCAAAUGGCACGGGCAGGUGCGGCUCACCCGAUCCAUCCCUGUUGCUUGGUGAUAAACAGACAGAUCAAACUUGCGUUUGGCCACAGUCGUUACAGUACUCACUGUUGCAGACGGUGGUGGAGGUAUGUCACAAGAAGAGGCAAUGCAAGUUUAACACCAGUCCAAAGACCUUUCAAGGCGAUCCGUGUCCUGGACUUCCGAAGUAUAUUGAGGUCGCCUACAAAUGCCGUCCCUAUGAAUUCAGAAGCAAAGUUGCUUGCGAGAAUGAUGUCAUCAAUCUUGCUUGUCAUCCCGGACAGAGGGUUGCCAUUUUCAGUGCAUCAUUUGGUAGAACAGAAUACGAAUCUCUUCAGUGUCCCCAGCCGCAUGACGUGAAGGAAGAAACGUGCAUGACGCCACACGCGACGGAAACAGUGAUGAAUAUGUGCCAUGGGAAACGACGUUGCUCUGUGGUGGCAAACAGUUCGACAUUUGGUGAACCUUGCAGCCCGGAAAGCAGAACUUAUUUGAAAGUCGUCUACACCUGCGUGCCCCGAACAGUGCUCCGAGAACAAUACGAAGGCGACGUGGAACCAGACGAGGUGGACCUGAUGCACGAGUUCGAGGAAGGUUUCGACAGGGCAGACUUUAGGGCAGAAUUCAGCCCCAGUCCAAAUCUCGAAGGACCACAACCGCAACCAAGGGAUAAUGUUUCUCGAAAUUUCCCAACGGUCAGCUCAUCCCCACCACGUGCUCGGACGAACAAUGACGUGGGCACACAAUCGAUCAAGUAUAAGUCACACGGUGUACGAGCGAAAGACUCGUCCUUAUCACCCGCGGUUAUUCAAGGGGUGAUUAUGUUCGACAACAACGUGGACGGUAACACUAGAGAUCUUCCCAGCAGUACCGUGUCACCGAUUAAUUGCACCACGGUUGUCUACGCCGUUCCCGAAGAGGAUCGUGUCGUUGUCGGAUAUAUCAAUGAAUGGAUCAAUGCAUAUUCGUUCAUAUCGAAAAAUCAAGAGAAGUUCUACCUGUACAUCAUAGUGUCUGUCUCGGCUGGCAUUCUAAUCUUUCUGGGGUUGGUAAUUGGACGUCUUCUUGUCAGCCGUCAUCGUGCGAAGAGGGAUGCGAAAUUCCAUGCGAAUAACGAAGCUCUGCCGAAUGGAUUUACUGAUGACAUUUCAGAAAUCGACGCAGAUAUUGAUCUCACGGCUACCAUGCCAGUUCCCAUGCAAGACACGAGGAUGAAAGAAACACAGCUAGCGGAGAGACUCCAUGGCGAUCGUUACUACGCAGACACAAGGAUACCCAUGUCACCCACGACGAUUCACCCAGCACCAGUACACCACCCAGGGAACACAGGCGUCAGGGUGGAUCUGGGUAACCACAUGGUGGGCACCGACAGCCUGCACACGAUCCUGCGCCCGGAGAAUCCACGGAGCCUGAACACCAAGAGCUAUUAUUAUGGCUGACAGGAGGAGGGGGGUGUCCCGCGCGAGGGACGACCCCCGUCCUUGAGCCCGGUACCGGAAGUGAGCACGCGGAAAUACUGCUUUUAAUCGAGAUUUUUUAAGGCACGAGCCACCAACGAAGCCGCUGUAAAGAACGUUCGAGAGUCGAACGAUCCUCGCGCGUCGAUCGAUCGUUGUUUCCUCGAGCGGAAAUGGAGGAACUUCGUCCUCGCGCCCGGUACCGGAAACAAGCACGUGGCGGUGACGUUUUUCGUGUUUCCCUCCUUCUUUUUUUUAUUCCGUUAACUGAUAUCGAAAGUGAAUCGUGCGGUGGAUGCAGAAAUUGUUUGAAAAUUUUGUAGACGGUCGAACACUUCGAUACCGGAAGUGAUGUUAAGCGCGGGAUUUGCAGCGAUGAGGCACUUUUUAUGCGUUUCUCUUGUUAUACAGGGUGUUUUGAGGUGUGAUAUAGGGUGGGGAAACGGGGAAAUUAGUAAAAUUGUUAGUAUCUGUUUAGAAGAAAUUGAAUAUUGGAAUAAUGUUGUAUGUGGUUUUGUUUUAAAUUGAAUUUAAAAGCUUUUUGGAUAUUUGUGAAGUUGUGUACGACAGAAAAGAA